AUGAAGGGGGAUCUAUGGAGUUUAGGAGAUGCUCAAUGGGCAAAGCUGGUUGGUCUUGUCAGAGAUCAGUCCUGGAAUCCUCCAUCUGUGGUUUAUUUCCUGUUCAUACAACUAUUAGCAGCUUUGGUUGCUCUUAUAGAUAUAUAUGGAAGUAGCUCUUUGCUGGAUCCCUCGAGAGACUCUUUUUUGCAGCACUUCUUUUCGUCUUUCAGAAAGAUAGGCUUGAACAUUGUUCUCCUUUACGUAUAUCAGCUUCCAUUUGAGUUCUCUACUGUGUUUCAAUGGGUUGCUGAUUUCAUUGGGCUCUACAAAAUCUCUACAAAAUCAGAAUGGUCGGAGAUUUGUGCUGGUCUUUCACUUUUACUUUUCUACUUCAUGCUUUCCUGCAUUAGAUGUGAUCUUAUGGAAAUGGAUAUACUUGUCUCUACAAGAGAAAGUAGCUUGACCGAGCAGCUUCUUCCCUCUACGCAUUCUUUUUUUAUUCAUGAAUCGAGAUCUGGUGUAAGGCACACCAACGUUUUAAUGAGGGGAGCCGUUUUCAGGAUGUUUAGUAUCAACUUUUUCACUUAUGGUUUUCCGAUCUCCUUGUUUGCUCUUUCAUUCUGGAGUUUCCAGUUUGCAAGUUUGUGCGCAUUUGGAUUACUUGCUUAUGUUGGCUACAUUCUGUGUGCUUUCCCUUCCUUGUUUCACUUGCACUGGUUAAAUGGGUUGCUUCUUGCUUUCAUUCUGUUGUGGGCCGCAAGCACAUAUGUCUUCAAUGUGGCAUUCACAGUGCUCAAUAAGAAACUACUGAAGGAUAUGGCUAUUUGGGAAACUAUUGGAUUGUGGCAUUACCCUGUACCAGGAUUCUUUUUACUUGCACAAUUUGGCCUUGGAAUUCUAGUCGCUAUGGGUAAUCUCGUGAACAGUACAGUUAUCUCAUACUUGUCAGAUGGGUAUGCAGAGACAGAUGAGAAUUGUACCAUGGAUGAGAAAGAGGAAGCAGAAGUAUUGAUUGUAGCUAUGAUAGCAUGGGGACUUCGCAAAAGCUCUCGUAUGAUAGUGCUGGCGCUUAUACUUUCCAUUGCACUGAAACCUGGUUUUUUCCAUGCUAUAUACAGCACACUUUGCCCUACUGUACAUCCUUCAGCUGAGUUUAAUAUCAAAAGCCUUGGAAGAGAAAAGUUGGUUGGCUAUGGAAAUUCUCUCACAGUUAGCCUCGGGGACUUUUUGAAGAUUGCUGGGCUUGCCUGCUUUUGUUCCAUUCAUAAUCACGGGGUUGACAUGCUCGUUUCAUUUUCAGCAAUUGUGCAGCGCACUCCCUUCCCACCAUUUGGGUGGAGCAUUCUGAAAGCUGAGCAAUGGAUAGCCCUGUAUCUGAGCGCAAUAGGGCAGAAGUUUCUCUCUACAUAUCAUUCCUGUGGAACAUAUGUUGUGUGUCUGACCAUUCUUCUAACAGUUUACAUAGUAAUACCAAAUUAUACAUCACUUGGUUACCUAUUCUUUCUUCUACUAUGGGUGAAUGGAAGACAACUUGUCGAGAAGACAAGAAGGCGCCUCUGGUUUCCUUUGAAAGUUUAUGCAGUUGCCGCAUUUAUUAACAUUUACUGCCUGAGUCUCUUUGCCAGUUUUGAAGCAUGGUUGUCUAAGAUGAUAGAUCUUUAUUCUGCCUUUGGCUAUAACCCCACUGAUUCAAUGCUGAAAAAAGUAUGGGCUUCAUUGGCUGUUUUAGUUGUGAUGGAAUUAUACAGCUAUGAGAGGAGACUGAGCAAAUCCUCGAAAUUUGAGGAUCUUGGGUCACCAGAACUUGGCACUUCUUCCUUCAUGAAACGCCUUCUGAUUUGGCAUAGCGAAAAGAUUUUAUUCCUUGCCCUAUUGUAUGCAUCUUUGUCACCAAUAAGUGCUUUCGGUUUUGUUUAUCUUCUUGGCCUGGUCAUUUGUUCAACUUUACCAAAAUCUUCUCGUCUACCUUCGAAGUUGUUCCUACUAUAUUCAGGAUGUCUUUUGAUGGUUGAUUAUAUGUUCCAGAUGUGGGGUGAGCGAGCUGAGAUGUUUCCUGGUCAAAAGCAUUCUUAUUUGUCCUUGUUCCUGGGUUUACGGUUGUUUAAGCCUGGUUUCUAUGGUUUAGAAUCAGGAUUGAGGGGGAGAGUUCUGGUUAUUGCAGCAUGUCUACUUCAGUACAAUGUCUUCCAUUGGCUAGAACAGAUGCCAUGCGAUUAUGGAAACAGAGGAAAAUGGGAGGAACCCUGUGCUUUGUUUCACUCGACGGAAGAAAAUUCAAAUGGAGUUUCCAUUUGUACCAAUGGUUGUGAGCCUGCAGACGAUGCUAGUCCAGUACUAGAAAGGAAAAAAGGAGCAGCGAGCAAAUCUAGGUCUUCUUAUAAGACAUCUUAUUUUCCGGAUCCUGCUUCCUCUGAAACAUCCAUAUUCAAGGGUGGUAGCACCACAAAUUAUUCGCACAGGUAUAUUUCGGGAAGCUUCAAAGAUUCACAUAGAUGGAAUAAAAAAUGGAUUCUUUCAUUGAGAAAGGAGAGGCUUGAUAUGCAGAAGACCACCCUGAAAAUAUAUAUGAAGUAUUGGAUGGAGAAUGUUUUUAAUCUUUUUGGCCUUGAGAUUAUUAUGAUUGCAUUACUUCUUGCUAGCUUUGCUGUCUUAAACGUCGUCUCUUUGCUUUAUAUAGCAUCACUUGCUGCCUGUGUGCUUUUACCUCGCACUGCAAUUCGAAAACUGUGGCCCAUAUUUGUUUUUUCAUUUGCUUCUGUUCUCACUCUUGAGUACCUAGCUAUUUGGUGGAAUAUGAUAUCUUGGAAGCAGCAAUCCCCCAGUGAGGCUAAAGAGCCCUGCCAUGACUGCUGGAGAACCUCCGAUCUUUUCUUUGACUACUGCAAGAAAUGUUGGCUAGAAUUUUUUGAUCAUGCGGGUAAUGUGACAUCCCAGAAUCCCAACAACAUUAAUUCAACUGAAGUACUGAUAGGAAAUGGAAUUAUAGUUGAUGAUCCCCGAAUGCUUAUUAGCUACUAUAUGGUGUUCAUGCUUGCAUGUUUCAAACUCCGUGCUGAUCACCUGUCCAGUCCCUCAGAUUUGCAAAGUUACAAACAAUUGAUGUCUCGAUGUAAAAAAGAAUCUUUCUUGAGUGAUCUCUCCUUUGAAACAAAAAGCAUGUGGACAUUUCUUGACUACCUGAGGCUUUACAGUUACUGUCACCUGCUGGAUCUUGUUCUUACUUUGAUUUUGAUCACAGGAACACUCGAGUAUGACAUUCUUCACCUUGGCUACCUUGGUUUUGCUCUGGUCUUCUUUCGAAUGAGGCUUGAGAUAUUGAAAAAGAAAAACAUAAUUUUCAAAUAUUUGCGAAUGUAUAACUUCGGUUUAAUUGUUUUUUCUCUGGCCUAUCAAUCUCCUUUUAUUGGGGAUUUCAGUGAAGGGAAAUGCGAAACAAAAGACUACGUAUAUGAAGUGAUUGGAUUUUACAAGUAUGAUUAUGGAUUUCGGAUAACAUCAAGAUCAGCACUUGUGGAGAUUGUUAUAUUUAUGUUGGUGUCACUCCAAUCGUACAUGUUUUCAUCUCAGGAGUUUGAUUAUGUGUCAAAAUAUCUUGAAGCAGAACAGGUUGAUGCCUUAGUGCGUGAACAAGAGAACAGAGCUUCUUGGAAGACUGCACAGUUGCAACACAUCCGUAAAUCUGAAGAGCAGAAGCGACUUCGCAAUUUGCAAGUGGAAAAGAUGAAAUCAGAGAUGCUUAACCUACAAAUCCAGCUUCACAGCAUGAGCGUCAAUCCGAACUUUGGUAAUACCUCUCCUGGAAGUGAAGGCCUCAGAAGGAGAAGGAUGUCUUCUCUGAAUUCUUAUAAAGACAGUUGUACACCGGACAAAGAGGAAAGUGAUUUAAAGAAGCAUGACUUAAAUAUGAGUGUUGACUGUUUAUUUCCUUUUGACUCAAACGAAUUGCCAAUUUGUGCAAGGAGUGCAACUCCACUGGGAGUGGACUUUGCAGGGCAUUCAAUGGACUCUCUUCAGGAUAUAUCUGAAAUAAAGGAGAAACUUUGUGAUAAUGAAUUUUUGAAUUUAGAUGGAGGAGAAAAGGCAAAAUGUCAAGUCAAGGAAAAUCCGUUAGUUUCAGCAGUGCAUCUAAUUGAUGAUGGAUUUUCUCACAUAAAAUCUCUGAGUAAUACGGCCGUGACCAAUCUCAUAAAUUUUUUUCAUAUCGAAUCUGAAAAAUUAGACUCCGAUGGGAAUUCCUCUGAGAACGAGGUUUAUUAUGAGUUAGAGAGUCAGAGUAUAGGGGGAGAUCCUUUGGACCAAACUUUGUCUGUGCUAUCUGACAGUGAGAGGACUAUGUCUGAUGCUCUGUGCCUACGAAUUGGUAUCAUAUUCCAUUACAUGUGGGCACAAAUGCGAUCAAACAAUGACAUUGUCUGCUAUUGUUGCUUUGUUCUGAUUUUCCUCUGGAACUUCAGUUUGCUUUCCAUGGUUUACUUAGCUGCUCUCUUCUUGUAUGCUCUCUGUGUGAACACCGGCCCCAGUCAUAUUUUCUGGGUUAUUAUGCUAAUUUACAGUGAGGUCUGUAUUUUGCUUCAGUAUCUCUAUCAAAUCUUAAUCCAACACUGCGGGUUCAGCAUUCAUGUAAGCUUCCUUCAGGAGAUGGGAUUCCCUGAGCAUAGAAUCAAGUCAUCUUUUGUUAUGAGUAACUUGCCUCUAUUUCUAGUGUAUUUAUUUACUCUUCUUCAGACUUCCAUCACUGCAAGGAAUGGUGAAUGGGUAUCAGUUACAGAAUUCAGUUCUCUUAAGCGAAGGAAUCUUUAUCAGAAAGAGUCAUUGGUAAGUUUCAGUUGUAGGAUGAGGAUACAGGAACUGCUUGUACCAGUAAAAGAUGUGUCUAAACUGAUGAUUAGAAGCCUAUAUAGGUAUUGGAAGUCAGUAACUCAUGGAGCAGAAACUCCACCUUACUUUGUCCAGCUGUCGAUGGACGUUGACUUGUGGCCUGAUGAGGGGAUUCAGCCAGACAGAAUUGAGUCAGGAAUAAACAAGUUGCUCAAAAUGGUUCAUGACAUCAGAUGCAAGGAGAAGAAAGAAAAUCAUUUCCAUUCAGUGAGCAGGCUACGUGUUCAAAGCAUUGAAAAAAGUCCAGAAAACCCUAACAUUGCUCUUGCUGUUUUUGAGGUGGUAUACGCAUCCCCUUUGACAGAACAUAUUUCAAGUGAAUGCUACAAGUCACUAACUCCCGCAGCUGAUGUAGCCAACGAAAUUUUAUACGCUCAGCAAGCCGGGAUUUUUAAAAAAAUAGGUUUCCAAUACCCCAUACUCUCGGUGAUUGGGGGAGGGAGAAGGGAAAUCGAUCUGUAUGCCUAUGUGUUUUGUGCAGAUUUAUCUGUUUUCUUUUUGGUAGCCAUUUUCUACCAAUCAGUCAUUAAAAACAACAGCGAGUUUCUUGAAGUCUAUCAGUUAGAAGAUCAAUUUCCCAAGGAGUUUGUAUUUAUCUUAAUGAUAAUCUUUUUCUUGAUUGUGCUUGAUCGUGUAAUCUACCUUUGUUCAUUUGCUACGGGAAAAGUCAUCUUCUAUCUUUGUACUCUUAUCCUGUUCACAUAUUCAGUGACAAGAUAUGCUUGGAACAUGGAGCCUUCGCACCAGCAUGCCGGAGGAUUAGCUCUUCGUGCUAUUUAUCUCACGAAGGCAAUAUCCCUGGCACUCCAGGCCAUACAAAUCCGCUAUGGGAUUCCCUGUGAAAGCACUUUGUAUCAGCAGUUUUUGACAAGCAGCGUAUCACAAAUUAAUUAUCUGGGUUUCCGAAUUUACCGUGCUCUACCUUUCCUUUAUGAAUUACGAUGUGUACUGGACUGGUCUUGCACAUCCACAUCUUUGACCAUGUAUGACUGGUUAAAGGUUCUUGAGAGCAGCCCUGAUGCAGGAAAUGUGAAGGAAAACAAUUUCCAACGGUUUGAGUCACCGAAAUAG